AUGCCUCGCUGCAUAGUAAUAGGCUGCACCUUGGGCUACAAAAGUAACCCUGACAAAAAACACUUUUUCUGUGUUCCAAAAAACAAAGAUAUGCAACAACAGUGGCAGGCUGCUGUACGUCGAAAAAACGUGCAAUUAACGCAAAAACAUUGCGUGUGCGAAAACCACUUUCACCCAAGCAAUAUUGUGUGGCAAAACAUUCUAAAAGAUGCGGAUAGAAAUAUAGUUGGCGUGGGUGCUAAAACUCAAAUUCCGCGACUGAAGCCUGGCACUGUUCCAUCGAUUUUUCCAUGGACAGAAUUUGUCAACAUCGCCGACACACAUCCGUCGGAGAGCGCAAUAUUGGUCCAAGUCUUUGCUUCUACAGCAACUGCGGAGAUAGCACCGGAUAAAAACACUUCUAUCGAUAUGUCAAUCUCCAAUGAAGCUUUUGGAGCUACAAUGGAGUCAAUGAAGGCAAUCGAUCAAUCAUUGGAAAUAAUGGAUACUUCUAAGAGCGAACGGAGCGAAGCCGUUAUUGAUGUACCGAAUGUAUUGGAUAAGACCCGUUUAACAUUGCAGUCAAUGGAGGCAAUCAAAUUUUUAGAAACAAUGGAUACUUCUGAGAGCGAACCCGUUACUAAUGUACCGAGUGUGUUGGAUAAGGCCCGCCGUUUGACACUGCAGGACAUUUUACAUAAUACUAUUCGCAUGCCGAAGGCUUGGCAGAUGGCAAAUGAAAUUUUUGAUGGAGUCUACGUCAUUGGAUUUUACAUCAGCAAUUAUUAUAAAGACUUUCGAAAUACUGUCUCCCUCCAGAUUGAAAAAGAAAUAAUUUUAUCCGAGGAUAACAAGGGCAUAAGUGCAAAGAUAAAUGUUAUAGGCCAUUCUGUCGCUGCAAUUGGAUUAUUCGAGGAACCAAUUACUGAGAUUGAGCAUCUCGAAAUCUUGCUAAGUCAAGUGGAUUCUAUGAAAAUCUGUAUCGGCUCUACUACUUCGAGGCAUGAACUGCAACAAAUAGACCACCGUUACGCUUACGAAGAUAAAUUGGAUAAGUGGCGGCAUAAUAAGUGUCUGUUGUUAUUGAGCGAUAGCAAAAAAGCAUGCAAAUAUUGUAUUCGUUUAAAAAGAACAUUGGCCAAACGUAUAUUGCGAACAAAACAAUGUGAGAAGAAGAGCCAAAGUAUACGCCUAACGCAUUCAUUGACAGAACAAAAGCUGUUACAGCGUAUACGAAAACUAAAUGCAGCAGCCAAAAAAAUGAAAUCCCGAGCUUUACACUCUUUUAAAAAAUCGAAAACCCAGCUUGCAAAAAAAGAAGCUAAAUUUAAAAAAAUGUAUAAAACAAAAACGGAAGAACUGUUAAUGGAUCAAAAUAUUCCGGACUUCAGCGUACUGCAAUAAAGGAAAUUUUUCAAACAAGUCGAUGCAAAAGCUUGAAAGGAAGACGAUACUCCCAAGAAUGGAUCCUGCUAUGCAUGUUAAUACAUAUGCGUUCUCCUCGAGGCUACAGAUUCCUACGUAACCAAAGCAUAUUGCCUUUACCUGCUAUACGAACA